AUGUAUUCUAUCAAACCAAAAGAUGGAAAAGUACCUUUUGAAGAAGCGCUCGCAAAAACGGGUUAUGGUUUGUACAGUUACCUGGUAAUAGCGGUAGCGGGAGCGUCCACCAUCGCCUUCGUGACGUUAUUGUACGGAAGCAGCAUCAUCGUGCCAGCGAGCGCGUGUGAGCUGGAAACCACCAGCGCGCAGCAGGGGCUGGUGGUAGGGGUGCCUGUCGCAGGGGCAGUGAUAGGCUCCCUACUAUGGGGCUACUUGGGUGACACACGCGGCCGCCGCAGCAUGCUGCUGGUAUCGCUGGCGCUGGGCGCUGUCUCCAACGCGCUGGCCAGCAUCUCUGUCAACUGGCUCAUGCUGAUGAUCGUCCAGUUGUGCACCGUCACAUUGGGUUCAGGCAUAUACGUGCUGUCAAUGGCUCUGCUCAGCGAGAGCGUACCACUACAGAAACGUAACGUCGCCAUGGUUCUGGUUUCCAGCAUCUUUCUACUCGCACAAGGCAUUAAAUCAGUAAUAUCUAUACCCAUCAUCUCGUUGACGUUCUCUUACCACCUGGAGGCGCUUGGUAUCUACUGGAACUCCUGGCGUACGCUGCAGGUGGUGUACUCACUGCCGUGUGUUAUCUGCGCGGUGUUCUGGGUUUUCAUGCAGGAGAGCCCCAAGUACGAACUGGCUAGUGGAAAUGAGGACGAGGCACUGAAGAUCUUGAGGACUAUCCACAGGUUGAAUAAUGGCAGUGAGGCAGAAUUACAAGUAUACAACCAUAUAAUCCGUGCAGAGACAGAUGCUACAGAGAAGAAGUCAAAUGUGAAGGAGCAAAUAGUGCCGCUGUUCAAGAAACCAUAUUUGAAGAGCACGUUGAUUAUGGCCAGUCUUUUCAUAUUGUUCCAAAUUAUAGUAGCCUUCUUGGUGUGGGCACCGAGCAUCGCCAAUCAGCUGAUGAAGCUGCUGGAGACAGGCGAGGGCUCAGACCUCACGCUCUGCCAGAUCAUCGCUACUGAAGUUGACGUUCAUCCUGAUGCAGCACCCUGUUCCAUCAACAGUACCGCUAUGCUGCUGCUCCUCGCCAUGUGUUCGCUGCAGUCUGUCUUCAAUACCAUACUCAGCCUGAUAGUGGACAAAGCAGGCCGCCGCAACACCGCCAUGGUGGUCGCCACCCUGUGCGGCUUAUCCGGCGUGCUGGUCAACUUGGUGUCCAACGCCGUGGGCACGGCUGUGCUGUUCGUAGUCUUUUCUCUGGGCGCCGUCUCGAUGGGCUUUUACACCGCCAUCGCUGUUACACUGUUCCCCACAAGACUGAGGACCAUGGCUAUGGCCAUUUCAAUGAUUGGCGCACGACUGAUGAGCGUCGUCUUCAUCCAGAUCAUCAACUACCUCCUGGUUAGUUCUUGCGAGCUGGGCUUCUACCUCUUCUCAGCUCUGUUCGCCUCUUCAGCGUUGAUAUUGGCCCUAUUACCAGACGACCGCCGGCUGCUCGCGCCGCCGAAACAGCCCGAUCCGGAAAUUUUGGAAGAGCAACACGAGCAGAGGACAUCUUUUUAACGUACAGCUUUAUGAUCUUACUCGUCAUCAUGUCAGUCCAAUGACGGUCAUAGUUAGACAAAGG